AUGACCGACGUCAACGAUGGGACCAAGGCCCCCAGCUCCGCGGAGGCUCUGUUCUUCUUCGCCAUAGUCAAGCAUACCAAGAACAAGGCCGAUAUCGACUGGCAGUCCGUCGCAGCCGAGCAAGGUUUCAAGAAUGCUGAAGUCGCCAAGGUCCGCUUCGGCCAGGUGAAGCGCAAGUUGGGUCUCAACUCUGACACGGGCGUCAGUCCCAAGAAGGCUCCCGCCACCCCUCGCAAGCCCAAGGCUGCCGGUGGCGUACGCAAGAACACCAAGAACAAGGCUUCGGUCAAGGCCAAGACCGAUUAUGCGGAAGACGAUGACAGAGAUGACGUCUUCACCCCCAAGGUGACUGCUUCCAAGAAGGAGGAGGUCGGGGACGACCACGUCGCCAUGGAGGAUAUCCAGACCAUGCCGUUUAUGGAUGAGCAGGAUGCCGAUGCGCAGCUGCAGACUGACAUGGAUGCUAUGAUUAACCAUGAUGAGCUCUGGGCUGGACAUUAUUAG